AUGAACCACAAAAACGCUAACUGGACAGAGAAAGAGGAACCAGAUGAGGUCAAUGUUUACUCAUCAAGUGUGAAAAUGAAACAAGACUUGGAUGAGGAUGUGAAUCAAGAGUUUGUUGAAGAUCCGCUAAUGACUGAAAAUCCUAGUCUGAAAAUAAAGCAAGACCCAGACUUGAAACACAAUGUCAGUGGCUCUGGACAUGAUAAUUCUAUGAAUGUGCAUCUCAGCACCAUACUGGAAGCCAAGAGAGAAUGCUACAAACCACUCCCACUGUACACACUGGUGCCCAAGAAGGAGCUGCUUCUUGGCGAUCCAUUGGGAAUCUCUUGGCCCACUGAUUAUAUCAAGGAGGAUCCCAAACUUAAUUCAGAAGUGGAUGAAACCGAGAAUAUUGUUCUACCUGAGCACACAUCACCGUCUGCAUUAACAAAGUCCUCAAAAUUGAUGCCAGGAUUUGCAGUGUUUUACAGAAUAUUCCAUUGUGUGCUGAAAUGAUAACAUUGUCACCAUCUAACUCGUCAACAGUUUUAGGAUCUUUAUGUUUCCAGGCAUUGCAAAAACAGUUCUGUAUGUGUUAUGAUGACUCUGAUUACCAGGAUAUUGAGCUAGCUUUUAUAGCAUACAGUGAAAUCUUGAUUGACACUUCCAUUUUACAGCAACACAAAUUGCAUUCUCCCACAUUGAGAACAAUAACUGCUUCAUUCAAAGGUUGAAGGUGACUUGGUGUACUUGGAGGUAA